AAUCCUGUCUUCCAGGUGAUAGGAUCGUCCCUGAGCCGGUUAAGUUGUCGCUCCAGUUCUGUUCACUGUUAGUAUUAUGUGUUUGGUGUACUUUCACUUUUGUUUCUGGAUCAGCAGCAGCGAAACUCAGGAUUAGACGAGAAUCAGUCAGUCGUCGAGUGCUGAGUCCCUGCAGAGAUGUACGAGCUGGAAAAGGAGAAUUUGCGGCGCUUUAGCGAUCACAUCACCAUGUUUUUACGACCGUCACUCAUCAAGGACUUCAUGACAGAGUACCUGGGAAAUAAAGAGGCUGUGGAGAGUAUUCUCUCUACAGAGACGAAGUCUGUGACCAAAGCUGCCCAGAUGCUGCUGGACGAAAUAUGUUUUUUAGAGGAAACUGGUUGGUUUCAGGCCUUUCUGGACACUUUGCAUGCUCAGGAUUACACCGGACUGCACCACGCCAUUAAAGACUGGAGCUUCCAGGAGUUAGAGCAGCUGAGCGAACACAGGAGACUGCUCGAGAAGAUCGAAGCCUCAAUCACCAAACACAUGAAGCCCAGUGAGAUGCUCGUGCACAUGAGCGACUGUCUGAAGCCCAGAGAGUGUGAGGAGAUCCGGGCUGAGGAGAGUCAGCGAGGUCGUAUAGCUGCCAGUGAGAAGCUUGUGAUGAGUCUCCUGCGCUCAGACAAACCCAACUGGUUUAAACUGCUGAAGAUUGCGCUGGGAAACUGUGACUUAGACGAGGCUCUACAGCUGCUGGAGAAAGAUGACGAAGUAAAGGCAGUGGAGGUCAAUGAAUGUGAUGAAGAGCCGGAGGCCAUGGUUACGACCGUGAGUUUCGAGUACAGAGAGGAGAUUGAAGACAUGCUGAUGAGCAGCAACAACACGAGCGCCUCAGAGAAACCCACCGGGUUCAAAGGGGAAGCUGAGCGAUCAGGUGAACGGAAGCUGAGAGAAUAUCAGAAGGAGCUGACCGCUGCUGCCACCCAGGGCCAGAACACCAUCAUCUGCGCUCCCACAGGUUGUGGAAAAACUAUUGUGGCUUUGGCCAUCAGUGAAUAUCACCUGAAGCAGUUUCCUGAAAGAGCAAAGAUCGUGUUUUUGGCAACCAAGGUCGAUGUCUACGAACAGCAGUACAAACUUUUCAAGGAGCACUUUUCCAGCAAGGAUCCAAACAUCAGGGUGACGGGGAUGUGCGGUGAUAUGGAAAUGUCUGUGCGCUGGCUCAUAGAGAAUCAUGAUAUCGUGGUGAUGACGGCUCAGAUCCUGGUGAACGCGCUGCAGAGCCCUGAGUUGCCGUCUCUGGAGAUCCUGUCGCUCAUCCUGUUCGACGAGUGUCACAACACGACCGGAAAACACCCCUACAACAACAUCAUGACCCGCUACCUGGACACCAAACUCUCCGGCAGCACACACUCACUUCCACAGAUUGUGGGCCUGACAGCAUCAGUCGGCAUCGGUUCGUUCAAGAGCAGGCAGGACGCAGAGAACAACAUCUUACAGCUCUGUGCCAACCUGGACACCAGGGUCAUCACCACAGUUACUGAACACAAAGAUGAGCUCAAGUCAUAUGUGCACACGCCUGAGAAAGCUUUUUUCGAGGUUAAACAGUGCUCGAGUCACCCCUUCAUCGGAAUAAUCGAAAACAUAAUGAGUAACAUUGAGCAGCUGGCGCAGAAGACCUAUGACAUCGAGAGCCUGUCGAACAUCCAGAACCGUGAGUACGGCUCACAGAAAUAUGAGCAGUGGAUUGUUUCUGUUCAGAAGAGCUGCAGAGUCUUACAGAUGAAGAACACAGAUGAGGAGAGACGCAUCUGCAGAGAACUCUACAACUACACUGAACACCUGCGGAAAUAUAAUGAUGCUCUGAUCAUUAAUGAAGAUGCGCGGACUAAAGAUGCGCUGGAUUAUCUGGACGCAUUCUUUGAGCAGGUCCGGAACGCCGGCUACGAUGAAACCGAGAGGAAACUCACGGCGCUCUACGACUGUCAGCGGCUGCAGUUACUGCGUCUGGCCACCGAGGGGGAGCAGAACCCUAAACUAGAUGAGCUGAGGUUCAUCCUGGAGGAGGAAUACCAAAAUAACGAUCAAACGCGCACAGUUAUGUUUGUUAAGACACGUGCCCUCGCCGAUGCAAUGAAGAAAUGGAUUGAUGAGACUGAUUCCCUCAAGUUCCUGAAACCUGGUGUUCUGAUAGGAAAAGGCAGAAAAUCCAACUCAGGAAUGACUCUGAACAAUAAGAAAGGGAUCCUGGACUCUUUUAAGAGCUCUGAUCAGAGUAAGAUGCUCAUCGCCACAUCAGUUGCUGAUGAAGGCAUCGAUAUCCCACAGUGCAACUUGGUUUUAAUGUAUGAAUAUGUGGGAAACGUGGUGAAGAUGGUGCAAGUUCGAGGUCGUGGUCGGGCAGAGGGCAGCCGGUGUUUCCUGAUCUCUAGUAGUAAGGAGUGCAUUGAAAAGGAGAGACUAAACAUGUUUAAGGAGAAGAUAGUGGAGGAGGCCAUCGAGCAGCUACAGAAGCGUCCAGACCUCAGUAACCAGGUGGACAAGCUGCAGAGGGACGAUAAAACCCGGAGAGAUCAAAUCAGCGCCUGUUCCGAAAAACCCAAAACUCAGGGCAGCUACGAGCUCCUCUGCAGCAAGUGCAAGGGGUUUGCAUGCUUUAGCGACGACAUCAGAGUUGUGCAGGGCGCUCAUCACAUCGUUCUGGAUCGAUCCAUGUUCCACCGCUAUACAACUGUAGCCCAUAACAGACCCAGAGACUUCGGUGGCUUCAAAAAGAAAGAGAAGAUGCACUGUGCUGAGUGCAAACAUGACUGGGGCCUCGUCACCUCUUACAGCACUAUCCAGGAUCUGCCGCUGGUGAAGAUCGAGAGUUUCGUGGUGCGGGAUCGUCUCACACGCAGACAGCAGUACUUCAGAAAGUGGCGUGACGUGACGUUUGCCAUCCGUGAGUUUGACAUGACGGAGAUCCCACCUGAAAUGUGCCGGCCGAGAGACUGAGACGGCAAACACAACCAGCGCUGGAGUUUAGACUCACUCCUCAAUCCUGUUGUGUGUAUUAAACAACAGUAAUCCAACACAACACACACAAAUAUACAUUAUAAUGGUUAAUCACAAUUAGUCCCAUUAUUUUCUGAUGUUACUUGAGGUUUACUGCAAUUUACUUAUUGUCUAAUAAGACAUCUUUAUCGCUUUAUUUUAUGUUUUGUAUUUUAAAUAUAUGUGUCCCUGGAGCACAAAAGCAGUCACAAGUCUCUGGGGUAUAUUUGUAGCGAU